UUAGCAUUGGAGUAUAAACUCAGGGAACACUCUCAACCUUUACCUUUAAUUGCUCUCUUUCUCUGACGUGAUUUCAAGAUUUUGACCCUCAGCUCGGAACUCAGCACCAACAGUUUCUUUCCCGUUUUUGUUUUUGGCUCUAUAAAUACGGCCACGGAGCUGGGAAGCCAAGCAUAGCAAAAAUAAGACUUGUCUGCUUCUUCUCCAAUAUUCUGAAAAAAAAAAUGUCUUAUAAAGAAGAGUACGAUGUUUUCCGUCCUGUGGCAGAAUUCUCCAAAAAUAUUUGGAGAGAUAAAUUACCGUCCUUUUCUUCAAUGGAUGACUCGGUAUUUGUUUCCUUAACGAAAGAAAUAGACACAUUGAAAGAGAAAGUGAAGGACAUGUUAAUGGCUUCUACAGCUGAUCCCAUUCAGAGUGUCAAAUUCAUAGACACACUGCUUCGCCUUGGUGUUUCAUAUCACUUUGAGAAUGACAUUGAAAACCACUUGGAAAGGAUUUUCGAUUCGCAACGAAAUCUUGUGGCUGGAAAUGACCAUGACUUAAACUCCACUUCAAUUGUUUUUCGAGUUUUCAGACAAUAUGGUUUCAAAAUGUCUUGCGGUGUUUUUGACAAGUUCAAGGACAAUGAUGGUAAGUUCAGAGAAACACUUAUCGAUGAUGUUAGGGGAAUGCUAAGCCUGUACGAAGCUGCCUACAUGAGAGUUCAUGAAGAGAGCAUAUUAGAGGAAGCCCUUGCAUUCACCAAAGCCAACUUGAAGUCUCUGGCAAUGAAGCCAAGCCCUCAUCUCGCAAAGCAAAUAACAUUAGCCCUUGAUCAGCCAUUGAACAAAUGCCCUCCAAGACUAGAGGCAAGGACCUAUAUCUCUUUCUAUGAGGAGGAAGAAUCCAGAAAUGAGACCCUACUUCAGUUUGCAAAACUAGACUUUAAUCGAGUUCAAGUACUUCAUAAGCAAGAGAUAAGCGAUAUUGCAAGGUUUUGGGACGAAUACAACUUUUCAUCCGAGCUUUCUUAUGCAAGAGAGAGAUACGUGGAGGUGUACACAUGGAUGAAUGCGUUGAACUUUGAGCCACACUAUACACGUUGGCGGAUACUUCUUGCUAAGACGUUGGUUCUUAUGUCAAUUCUAGACGACACAUUUGACGCCUAUGGGACGCCAAAAGAACUUCAAUGUUUCAUCAAUGCAUUAAAGAGAUGGGAGAUUGGUGCUCUUGAUGAGUUGCAAGAUUACACCAAAGUUAUUUGCAAGGCUGUGCUAGACGUUUUCAAUGAAAUAGAUGAGGAGGCCAGAAAGGAAGGAAGAUCCUUUAGUGUCCCUUGUGCACACGAUGCUUUCAUUGGACUAAUAAACAACUACCAAGCUGAGAAGAAAUGGUCUAAUGAUAGUCAUGUACCAACAUUCGAAGAGUACAUGAGGGUUGCGACGAAGACAUCCACUUUUGAUCCAAUAAUAACAAUAUCAUUUAUAGGAAUGGGAACAAUCGCAGGGUUAGAGGCAUUUGAGUGGCUGCAAUCUGAACCAAGAAUUAUAAGGGCUAUAAAUAUAAUCGGCCGUAUCAUGGAUGAUAUAGCAUCACAUGAGUUCGAGCAAUUGAGAGAGCAUAUCCCUUCUAGUGUUGAAUGCUACAUGAGGCAACAAAACCUAUCAGAGAAGGAUGCGUUGGAGGACUUGGAGAAAGAGCUUGAGGACGCAUGGAAGGAUAUAAAUGAAGAACGCAUGAGACCAACUGUGAUCCCCCGAGAUCUCCUAUUACUACCUUUGAACCUAGCUCGAGUAUCAUAUUUGUUUUACAAGCAUGGAGAUGGAUACACACAUCCUGAUCCAUAUAUGAAAGAUGACAUUUGUCUCUUGUUCGUUGAUCCAAUACCCAUUUAAAGACGAUCCUCUCUUUGUGCUUCGAUAGCUAUG